AUGGAAGGUGCUGAUUCAAAUCCAGUAGAGGGCAAUUUCACUCUCUAGACUUUCUCUGAGGAAGAACUUUCAAAGGACAUUAUGCUUGUUGGAAAACUUGAGGACUACUGUAGCAGUGGAGAGUUCACUUAGAUCAUGUAGGAAUUCGGAGAACUACAUUGUAUGAAAUUUGAGGCAACAGAGGAACAGGAUCUAGAUUGCUACACAAUAUAUCAGGAAUAUUGCAAGCUCUUAGACAAUAAAUUGGAAGAAUUUUUGAAAAAUGAGGGGAUAAGAGCUGAAGAUAUGUAUAAGAGUUGUUAACGUGUGCAGUAGAUGGAAUCUGGAAGCUUAAUGUGCUUAGAGUGGAUCCUCGCUUCAACUGAUUACAUAGAAUUCGUUUUAAUGAUGCUACAGUUUAGAGAAGCAAAAGAAUGGGCUAAUGAUGAAGAAGAGGAGGGAGAGCAAGCUGAAUGA